AUGGCUAUCCCGAAGGCACCAUCAGGCUACCAUAGCUUUCUUUUUUCGGCUACACUCAUUCUUUGUUAUCACAUCACCUCCGCAGUCGCACUCGAGCGCUCUUACACGCAGUAUCAACAGUUCUUCCCCGCCUGGGAUGGCCUCAUCAAAGAUCAGCUUCGGAUGAACUGCACCGAGCCUCUUGGAAAAUACCAAAACAAAUCAAACACGAUGCGGCAAGCCGGAUACAGCGUGAUAGGAUGCAUCUUAGAAACCAUGCCUGAGUAUCGCAAGGCUGAACUUGCUUCCGCUGCUGUGAUCCUCGGUCUCGCGCCCUCAGUGCUCCAGUUGAUGAGCGCUUCUUAUCUCGAUACUGCUGUGCUGGCCUAUCGUCGUCCCGGACUUGCCUUUUUGCUGUCCAUGGCCAGUUCUGGAGUACGUCCUCUUACAGCAACAGAACACGAUGAUUUUGUAACUACAAUGGGUACCGACCCUUUCCAUACCAACUUUGGUAAACCGAGGUCGUUCUGGAUACCCACAGUCGUGUCUAUGCUGGAAUAUCUAGUUGCCAUUGGGGCUGUUGCAAAUAAUGCCUACCUUGCAUACCAGCUUAGCACUUGGGCAGUUUGCACAUUCGCGCCAGCUGAGGACUUUCUCCCUGCAGUAUGGACUGCUGCAGCUCUGGCAAUACAUCUUGGUGGAUAUCUCGCAGCAAGAUUGAGAAUCAUUGUUCAAGGAGGAGACGGAAGAGCCAGGGCAAACCGGGGAGGGAAACUGUGGCAUGGAAUCUCGACUGAGCUCACGCCGACGCCCUGGCAGGGCAGACUUGAAGUGAAAACGACCGACAAACACAAUGGCUGGUUUCUGGUACUGGUGUCUGUUCUUUACGUAGGAGAUGCGCUGCAGGCAUUCUUUGGGACUCUUGUUCUUUCAAGCUUGGUCUUUAUCAGCGUUAGAGACUCAGCGAUCAUUGUUAUUCGGUUGAUGGCAAGUGCGCUUUUUGCGAGGGGAAUUCUGAUUUAUGAACUUGCGGGGUUCAGGGCAGAUAGGGAGGGGAACGGCCCGUCUGAGAAACCUCUGUACUCAUCUGUUGAAUUAUAG